UGAGGGUCAUGUGGCCCGCCUUGCAGAGGAGGCUGCUGGUUGCGAGGAAUCCUGGCACCUCCAAGGUGUUGCGCAGGUCGUAUUGCCGAGCCGCGAAGAGGGACACCAUCUUUGCGUUGUCUUCGGGCCGAGGGAAAUGCGGGGUGGCCGUGAUUCGAACCAGCGGCCCGGCCAGCAGCAUGGCCCUGUUCCGCCUGACGAGGGCGGAGGUGCCUCCCCCGAGAGUUGCCACGUUGCGGCGGAUCUGCGACCCCCGGUCUGCCGAAACCCUGGACCGAGGCCUCGUCUUGUGGUUCCCAGGGCCGGGCAGUUUCACGGGUGAAGACAGCGCCGAGUUUCACGUCCACGGAGGGCCGGCUGUGGUGAGCGGUGUCUUGAAGGCUUUGGGCUGCCUCCCUCUGCUACGUCUUGCCGAACCCGGGGAGUUCACCAAACGUGCCUUCCAGAACGGCAAGCUGGACUUGACCGCGGCGGAAGGCCUGGGGGACUUGAUCCACGCCGAAACAGAAAGCCAGCGCCGGCAGGCUCUCCGCCAGAUGGAAGGGGACUUGGGUCGGCUCUACCGGCGCUGGAGCGACACCCUCACGAAGGCCUUGGCCCACCUUGAAGCCUACAUUGACUUCAGCGAAGACGACAACAUUGAGGAUGGGGUCCUCGCGCAAGUGGAAGAAGCCGUCGAGGCGUUAGAGAAGGAGCUGCGGGAGCACUUGCAAGAUAGCCGCCGCGGCGAGAGGCUGAGGGACGGAGUCCAUGUGGUGAUCGCAGGGCCCACCAACGCUGGGAAGAGCAGCCUCCUCAACCACCUCUGUCAGAAGCCGGCAGCCAUUGUUUCCCCCAUAGCAGGGACCACGAGGGAUGUGGUGGAGGCUGCGCUGAACAUUGGCGGGUUCCCCGUGGUGCUGAGCGACACGGCAGGGCUGCGGGACACCAGCGAUGUUGUUGAGAUGGAGGGAGUGAACCGGGCUCGGCAGAGGGUUGAGGGUGCCGACCUCGUUCUUGCCGUCCUGGAUGCAGCGGAAGUGGCCCAGAAGCCUCACCGACUGGCCCCCGCCUUGCUGGACAUCCUGCCGCCGGACGAUCCGAAAGGGACCCGGCCGUACUUCCUGGUUCUGAACAAGAUGGACCUGCUUGGUGACGAGGAGCGGGCGGAUCUGCUGGCGAACUGUGCCGACCCGGACCUGGCGCCGGCCUGCUAUCUCUCUUGCAAAACCGGGGAAGGGAUCGCUACCUUCCUGAGCGUGUUGGGGAAGCAGCUGGCCCACAUGUGCGGCGACCCUCUCGCAGGCUCCCCCAGCCCCACGCAAGCACGCCACCAGCUGAGCUUAGCCAAAUGUCUAGAGGCCCUAGGGCGAUUUGGCCGCUACCGGGCUGUGGACCUCGCUCUGGCCGCGGAGGAAUUGCGGCAGGCCCGGCGACUGCUGGGACGUCUGACGGGACAGGUGGGGUCCGAAGAGAUCCUGGAGCUCAUCUUCAAGGAUUUUUGCAUCGGCAAGUGAAGGAGGCGACAGAGAGCAUCUUUAUCCCACCUUUAGGAGGCGGGUGCAGCUGGAGUACGGCGCCAUCUGGCGCUUGGGGGUGGUUCUGCGGUUCGAAGUAUAUUUUGGCCGGGGCAAAGGGACUCUUUGUCAAUGGAUGGGAUGGCGCCAGAGCUGUCCUAGCAGGGGCAGGAUUUUGCGGAGGGAAAGCAAUGUUUGGGGCAGAGCAUUGAUGUUCCGGAUUUCAUACUUUUAAAAGACUUUAAAAGAAUGGGAUAUAU